AUGGCUACUGAACAAAAGAUUAAAUGUUCAAUUGAAAAAAUUGAAGCUGUUGUUUCUUUACAAGAAGAAAAGUCGCUGGAGACUGUUGAUUGUGUUGUUAUCUCGAUUUCGGAUAAAACAAAAACUUCGAAGAACAUUAUGAAUCUCGAAGACAUCCCUUUUAUGAGCCAUAUUAAACGAGUGAGAAACAAUAAAAAAGGAUUAGAAAUAGUUCUUGGCACAUUAGGAGAGUAUUCUUUGGAGGAAUGGAAGAAUGUUUGUGGUGCACACAUUUUACCACAAUUAGAGGGAGUCGAUGUGAGUUCUUUAAAGAUCAUUAAAGUGCCAAAAUACGCUCCUGUCAACAAAGAGCAAUAUAAAGAAUUCUCAAGGCUCUGGCCAUGUUCACUUCAGCCUCCAACACUUCCAACUCCACCAAUACAAAAGAGUGAUUUUGAGUCGAUCACAAAUCUGUUUUUGCAACUGUUCUCGAAGUAUGGAGUACCAAACAAUGAUUGUAAUAACACAGAAAAAUGCAGCACACAUGCAAAAGCACUUAUUGUAUCGGACAAGAAAAGUAUAGAAGCUAUAGGAGAAGACACAAGAAUAGUAGCUCACCAUCCAUUACUCCACGCAACUUUUAACACCAUGAGAGGUAUAAAAAGAGAAAGUCGAGAAUAUCUGUGUACAGGAUUUGAAAUUUAUGUCACACACGAACCAUGUCUGUUCUGUGGAAUGGCUCUUUUACACUCGAGAUUUCACAGAGUAUUCUUCAUUUACAAAAAUGAUAUUGACGGAGCAUUCACGAAGUACCAUUUACAUAAAAACACAGCACUGAAUCACCACUUUAAUGUCUACCAAGUCACGUUGAUUGAUUGA